CGAGAAAGACCGGAGAAGGACCGCAAUUAACUGCACAGCUCUUCUAUGUCAGUAUUCUAAGGUUGUUGAAGUCUUUGUUGCAGCUUGCAAGAGCAUUUGAGGCAGGGUUUCCGUCUGUCUUAAGGCAUUCAAUUUGAACAGCAGGUGGUGAUGACUUGUUUCUCAUUUUUAUUUUCGAGAAAGAAGAAAACUUUCUCAGGUGAACAUACCGUAGAGAUCGAUGAAGAGGUUUCCGGUAUUCAGAACACUAAAAUGUUUACUUACAAGGAGCUGAAAAUGGCAACUGGAAACUUUCAUUUUUCCAAUAAAAUUGGAUCGGGAGGUUUCGGUAUCGUCUACAAGGGAACUCUUAGAGAUGGUACCACGGCUGCUAUAAAGGUGCUAUCGGCAGGCUCGAAUCAAGGGGUGCGGGAGUUCUUGACGGAAAUAAAUGUGGUUGCUGAUAUAGAGCAUGAAAACCUGGUUGAGUUGUACGGCUGUUGCGUGGAAGGGAAACAUAGGAUUUUGGUCUACAGCUAUCUUGAGAACAACAGCCUAGCACAAACACUCCUUGGUGGAAGGGAUAGCAGUAUGCAGUUUAGCUGGAAAGCAAGGCGCAACAUUUGCAUUGGUGUUGCAAAGGGGCUUGCAUUUCUUCACGAGGAAGUUCGACCACAUAUUGUUCACAGGGACAUCAAAGCAAGCAAUAUUCUACUUGAUAAAAAUCUCAAUCCCAAAAUUUCGGAUUUCGGUCUGGCAAAGCUUUUCCCAGACAACACGACCCACAUAAGUACACGUGUCACUGGAACAAUAGGCUAUCUCGCUCCUGAGUAUGCUGUAAGAGGUCAAUUGACGAGGAAAGCAGAUAUUUACAGUUUUGGCGUUUUACUGUUGGAAAUUGUUAGCGGUAGAUGCAAUACAAACAGAAGAUUGCCUGUGUCGGAGCAAUUUCUUCUUCAAAGAGCAUGGAACAUGUAUGAGUGUGGGAAACUACUGGAAUUAGUUGAUCCAUUAUUGAACGGAGAAUUCGAUGAUGAAGAAGCACACAAAUUCCUAAAGAUUAGUUUACUUUGCACCCAAGACUUGUCGAAACUACGACCAUCCAUGUCUCAAGUGGUGAAGAUGCUAAUGGGAGAGGAAGUUGUGAAUGACCAGAAUAUAUCGAAGCCUGGCCUUCUUUCAGAUAUCACGACACUCAGAGACCAAAAAAAUAAAUCUGGCAAUACUUCUGAAGGCACAGGCAGAGGAGGCAAUUCAUCUUCAUCAUCAGAGAACAUUACUGUAUCAAAUGCUACAAUGACAUUCAAUUCAAUAUUCGAUCGAAGCAAUUAGGUUGAUCUAUUCUUGUUUCGGUACUCGUUAGCUAUAGUUCUGAAAAGUUUUCUGCCUCAUUUUUUUGAAGUAAAAAUCUGGGUUUCGGGGUUUGCUUAGCUAAAUUAUACCUUGUUCACCUUUCCUGCCUUGUGAGAGAAGCAAUGAUGUAAAUUUUAAUCAUUUGGGGCUUAAUAUUUUGAUUCUUUUUUAAUCACUCGUGGGCUCACUCUUGUUUCAUUGUUCUGAACAUUUUUAAGGAUCAAUCUCUUCACUGUUUGAGCUGUUUUUCGAAUUGGUUGAACUGAACAUGCGACAAGAAAGCCUUUAUGUUGCUC